AGAGAGCGCGCGCGCGAGUGCUCGCUCUGGUCAGUCGGGCAUGUCCAGAUGAGUCCCGUAUCCUCAUCCAUCAGCUGAGAGGACUUUUGCUCCGCCGAUUUUCUUUCAAAACUCACACAGGUAUCAGUGAACAUUCAGACUUCACGCGCACCUGGCGGCUUAUCUGAGGCUCAGCCUACAGGGCGUGGAAAAGCAGGGAAUUGUUUUCGACGCUGGAUUCCCAACAUCGCCCAUAGUUCUUCGGAUUUCCCUAACAAAGUGUACUGCCUCCCCGGCUUUUUCCAAGGAAUACUGUUUCCCCCCCCUACUAGCUUCAGUGAUCUACUUGGGAGACGAAUAAUGUAAAUCCUUUAUCGCUAUCGGUCUCUGGCAGUUUACGAAGAGAAAUCUUGAUCUGCCAUCGCGAGCUGUUUCUCCAGAAAGUGUGUCUUCAGCAGCACUCGAGAGGAUCAGAGGAAACAAAAGAGGAGGAGGAGGGCAGAUAGAGGGGGAAAGUCAAAAAUGGCGUGGAGGGCCCUGGCAGCGCUGUCUCUUCUGCUGUGUUUUGGCUCAUCUCACUGUGAUGAUAUUCAAAAACCGUUCUCUUCUGAUACAGUCAUCAACAAUGUUGUUCAGGACCCUCACACUGGCCGAAUCUACCUUGGUGCCAUAAAUAUGAUCUAUCAGCUGAACUAUAAACUAGAGAAGGAGAGCAUUGCUGUAACAGGCCCCAAGAAUGACAACCCACAAUGCACUCCACCGAUCACUUCACACUGCACUAACGCAAAGGAAUCGGACAACAUCAACAAACUCCUACUAGUUAACUCCGCCAAUGGCACCCUAGUUGUUUGCGGAAGCCUUUUCAGGGGCAUCUGCUCCUUGUUAAACCUUAACAGUGUGGAAAAAACGGUGUACUACAGUGACACCAAAGGCGAGAAGACAUACGUGGCCACCACCGAGGAGUCUGUUGCAGUAGUGGGGGUCAUUUCUUAUUUUACAGAUGUUAAUUCUAAUACUAACCUUAGCGUAUUUCUAGUGGGGAAGGGUUACGGUAGCUCAGAUAGCUCGAAACUCAUCAGCACUCGGUUGCUGCAGGAAAAAGUUUCGGAAAUGGAUGUAUUCGAGAACAUGGUUGAAGCUUCUGUGCAAUCAAGCGGUUAUGCCCAUCGCUUUUUCCAUGACUUUCGCCACGCAUUCAAGGAUAAUGGCUACAUCUACUUCCUGUUCUCGCGCACUUCGGGCGCCAGCGACAGCAGGAAGAGCACUUUUGUAGUGCGCCUGUGUGAGGAUGAUCAUCAUUAUUAUUCAUACACCGAACUUCAGCUCAACUGCACCCUCAGCGAACAACAGGAGAACAUGUACAACAAGAUCCAAGCGGCAUAUCUGGCCAAACCUGGGGAACAUUUGGCUAGGACCAUCACCUCUUCGAAUGUGAACGAUAAGGUUCUAUUUGCGGUGUUCAGUGUUGAUGAGGACAGCAGUCGAUCAGCCUUGUGCAUGUACCCACUCAGCAGCAUUAACUCUAGGCUUGAUGAGGUGAUUGGAUCCUGCUAUAAAGGAGAAGUUCUGGGGGACGAGAAACCAAAAACCGUUUAUUCACCCUAUGUCUCCAAGACGGAAGCCAUCUGCAAGACUAAAAUACUGGAAUCGAAUCUAAAGGAAUAUAAAUGUGGCGCUGAGUUCCUGCCAUCUCCACUAGCCAGUAAACCUGAGUACGCUCUGUCCGUCAAACCCAUCUACACCCGAAAUGACAUGAUGACAGCUGUAGCUGUAGCGGUGGAGAAUGAGCAUACGGUGGGAUUCUUGGGAACCAGUGGAGCAGAUGUCUUAAAGGUGCAUCUUGACCCCAGCCGCCCUGACUUUUAUCACAGGAUUCCAGGGGAACGCACAGAUGGUGCGGUGAACAAAAACCUCUUUUUUGAUUCAUCUUUGGACCACUUGUACAUCACCACUGGCAGAAAGAUCGCCAAAGUGCCAGUGCAGGCCUGUGAGCAGAAGAAUGAUUGUCACUCAUGUGUGUCCCAACGGGACCCAUAUUGUGGCUGGUGUGUGUUGGAGGGCCGUUGUACAAGGAAGAAAGAUUGUCACAAGGGAAAAGGAGAGAAUGCCUGGUUGUGGAGUCCAAAACAAACAUGUGUAACCAUUCAGUCCUUUGAGCCCCCCAACAUCAGCUGCAAGAAAACAGCUAGUACACAGGUGACGAUAAGCAUCCCCUCCCUCCCCAGUAUCAACAGUUCUGACAAACUUACAUGUGUGUUUGGUGACUACAAAAGUCAUGCGACUAUGGAAGGCACAAAUGUCUUUUGUGAUCUCCCGACCUCUAAUGACAUACCGCCCACACCUGAGACACAAGAUUUUGUGGCAGUGCCAGUGAAGAUCACAGUGAAUGAUGGCAUUGAAGUGGCAUCUAGUACAUUUGAGUUGUACAACUGCGCAGCUGUGGUGAAAGGAUCGGAGAAUACCCCGUGCAUCGCAUGUGUGACUAGUAAGUGGGGCUGCCAGUGGAACAUUCAGGAUCACACAUGCAGUGAUAGAGAUGAGUCUGUCGAGGGCGAUUAUAUCAUCAAACACAUGCAGGAUGGCAGGUGUCCUCAGUUUGAGAUCCCUGAACCUCUUCUUAUACCUGUUGGCUUCAAAACUCUCAUCCAAUUUCAGGGCAAAAAUCUAGAGAAAUAUUCGGGCAAAACCUUUCAGAUUGGCACUGAGCUCAUGAAACAGGUGGGCGAGGUGACUGUGGAGGCUGAGGGGUCAAAGUACAGUUUUGAGGGAUAUGAGUUUGCGUAUGACAAAGAGCCAGAAGUGAAUGUGACGUUCUACAUAAGGGACAAAGGCACAGAGAAGAAGAUUGACAGCACCCUCAGAGUGGUGCUCUACAACUGUUCAGUAAGACGUGAGGACUGCAGUCUGUGUAAGAAUGCUGACCAGAAGUAUAAGUGCGUGUGGUGCGACACCACAAAAUCCUGCAUCUACAAACAGUUGUGUUCCAAGGAGCAGCAGCAGUGUCCUCCUCCAAAGAUCACUGAUAUUGUUCCCCGGUAUGGGCCAAUGAACGGACAGAUCUCUGUUACAAUAAAAGGCUCUAACUUGGGCAUCAAGCAGGAGGACGUUAAGAGAAUCACUGUGGCUGGAGUGGCAUGCAAACAUCAGCCGGAGAGAUACUCGGUCUCUACCAGUGUUGUAUGUGAGAUCGGGGCUUUUUCUUCACCCCCCGUAGACCUGCCGAAUGUGCCCAGCCUGUUCGGGCCAGUGGAAGUGGAAGUGGAAGGGGGGAGAACAGGGCGGUCGGAUGUGUCAUUCACUUAUAGGGAUCCUGUCCCCAUGGCUGUGUUCCCCUCCAAAGGCCCAGCUGCUGGAGGAACCGUCAUCACUAUCACAGGACAGGACCUAGACACGGCUAGUAAAGAUGACAUCAGCAUCACAGUGGACAGAGAGCCUUGUGAAGUGUUGACAUUUGGCCAGGAGAUCACCUGCAAGACGGGCCCAUAUAAAGGACAGAAGAUUCCUUCGGAUAGGUUGCCUGUUAUUGUGAAGUACGGAAAGGACACUUCCAAAGAAGUCAGCGGAUUCGAAUACUCAACAAAUCCCAAAGUUACAGAUUACGGCCCACGGGCCAGCUUUGUUUGCGGAGGCCGCAAGAUUCAAGUGAUAGGAUCUGGAUUUGAUCAGGUGCAAAGAGCCACCAUGCGAGUGCUGCCCUCUUCUGACGAGUUCAAUCUCAACUCUAGCGACAUGGAGUUCGUUCAAGAAGUUAGCAGCAAGAACGAAACCGUACUGGAGUUCCUCUCUCCGGUUGUGAACGAGACGGAUGUCAACCUGUCCUUAAGAACCAUCAUCCAGCUGGACAACUUGGUGGAGAACUUGACAGAGUUUGUUUAUCAUCCAGACCCCUCGUUCGAAACUUUGACCGAAAAAGCCAUCACGGAAGGCAGCAUCAUCAAUGUUAAUGGUCGAGGUUUUUCCAAAGCCAUGACUGCCAAAGAGGCCCAGGCGUUUGUGGGCGAUGAGCCGUGCGUAGUGACAAUCCUAGAGGACGAUAAGUUGUUCCUCGUGGCCCCCUCCAGCCCUCCUAAAUCCACCUCCAGACGCCAUCGCAGAGACACCAGCUCAGAGGCCAUGGAGCUGCUGAUCAAAUUCGGAAAAGGCGAGUGGAAAGUCGGCUCUGUACGCUUUGAGAGGAAAUCCGAGGUUCCUCUUUACAUCAUAGUUCCUGCUGUCCUCAUUCCCAUGGUCCUCUUCAUUGCAGCAUCGAUCUAUUGCUACAGGAGGAAAAGCCAGCAGGCAGAACGAGAGUAUGAGAAGAUCAAAAAUCAGCUGGCGAAUUUAGAGGAGAGUGUCCGUGAUCGGUGUAAAAAAGAGUUCACAGAUCUUAUGAUAGAGAUGGAGGACCACACUAGUGAUCUGAGUGAAGCUCGAAUCCCAUUCCUGGACUACAAGAACUACACCAACCGCGUUUUCUUCCUGCCCUCCAAAGAUGGAGCCAACGAUGUCAUGAUCACUGGCAAGCUGGAUAUCCCAGAGUCCCGCAGAGCUAUUGUAGACCAGGCGCUCAACCAGUUCUCCAAUCUCCUGAACAGCAAAACCUUCCUCAUCAAUUUCAUUCGUACCCUGGAGGGCCGGCAGGAGUUCAAUGCCAGGAAUAAAGUUUACUUUGCAUCCCUAUUGACGGUGGCGCUACAUGGCAAGCUGGAGUACUACACGGACAUCAUGAGAACCCUCCUGCUGGAGCUCAUGGAGGAAUAUGUCCACAGCAAGAACCCCAAACUCAUGCUCCGUAGAUCCGAGACAGUUGUGGAGAGGAUGUUGUGUAACUGGAUGUCUAUAUGUCUCUACCAGUUCCUGAAGGACUCAGCUGGUGAGCCGCUCUAUAAGCUCUUUAAGGCCAUUAAACACCAGGUGGAAAAAGGUCCAGUUGAUGCCAAGAUGAAGAAAGCCAAGUACACUCUGAACGACACAGGACUUCUGGGGGAUGAUGUGGAGUACAGUAUUUUGACCCUGCAAGUGCUGGUUCACGGUGAGGGUCCCGAUGUGACCCCCGUCAAAGUCCUGAACUGCGACACGAUCUCCCAGGUGAAGGAGAAAAUCAUCGAGCAGGUAUACAGGAACCUGCCCUACUCCCAGAGAGCCACGGUGGACAGCGUCGCACUCGAGUGGCGCCCUGGCUCUACAGGGCAGAUCCUGUCUGAUCUGGACUUGACAUCACAGAAAGAGGGAAGAUGGAAACGAAUCAACACACUGGCCCAUUACAAUGUGAGGGAUGGUGCCACCCUUGUCUUGUCUAGAGUUCUGCACACCCAGCAGUCUUUUGACCAGAAUCAAGACAACAAUGAAGAAAGACAUUCUUUGCUGGAGGACGAUAAAGUAUUUCACCUGGUCAGACCGGCGGAUGAGCUUGAUGAAGUGAAAUCAAAGAGAGGAAGUAUGAAAGACAAGGCCACGACGAAAGCCAUCACCGAGAUUUACCUGACCAGACUGCUCUCUAUGAAGGGCACACUGCAGCAGUUUGUGGACGAUUUCUUCCGCAGUGUGUUGUGUUCAGGCACUGUGGUUCCUCCUGCAGUCAAGUAUUUCUUUGACUUCUUGGAUGAACAAGCUCUAAAACAUGACAAUGUUGAUGAUGAGACCAUCCACAUAUGGAAGACCAACAGUUUGCCUCUACGGUUCUGGGUGAACAUUUUGAAAAACCCUCACUUCAUCUUUGACGUUCAUGUGACGGAAGUGGUAGAUGCCUCUCUGUCCGUCAUCGCCCAGACCUUCAUGGAUGCCUGCACCAAGUCUGAGCACAAACUUACCCGGGAAUCCCCCAGCAACAAACUGCUUUAUGCAAAGGAAAUCUCCACCUACAAGAAGAUGGUUGAUGAUUAUUACAAAGGCAUCCGGCAGAUGGUUCCAGUCAGUGACCAAGACAUGAACACACACCUUGCUGAGAUUUCACGUUCUCACACAGAUAAGUUGAAUACCCAGGUUGCAUUGCACCAACUUUACCAGUAUGCCAGCAAGUACUAUGACGGGAUUAUCUCGUCGUUGGAGGACGACCCUGCCGCCCAGAGCAAACAGCUGACCCUCAGACUGCAGCAGAUCGCCGCUGCAUUGGAGAAUAAAGUGACCGACCUUUAGUGUCGGGGAGCCCAGACUUAAGAAAGGAGAUGGAAGUGCCACUAAAUCCAAGACGCAGCUCAAUUUAAUGGGCUCAAAAAUAAGAACAGCCCUUCUGGAGGACUCUGGUUGAGGGAGCCUCUGCUCUGUCGAGUGAAAGAUAAAGUGAGGUGGAAAACAGACUAAUUGCGAACCCUUCUUUUCCACAUGACUUUCAGCUUUGUUCUUGAUUCAGUGGGACCAAUAUAAACUCUGACCUGAGGGGAACAUCACAAACGUCGCUGAGAAUGAAAACUCACUAUGGUACUUCUCAUAUCAGCACCUGCACAAAGAAAGCCCAGCAAUUUUUCUUUUGUUCUGCUAUGCCAAUAAUCAGAUGUUCAGUAUAUUCUUCCUGUGUAGAUGAAAUAAAAUAGUAUUAUAUGUAAAUAUAUUUUUACACUUAAGGCUACGAGAGAGAGGCUUUAGACAAAACAGAGUGAUUAUUGUUUCCUGUGUAUUUUAAGUGCCACUUUCAUUCCUGUGCAGUGAUGAUGAUGUCACAUCCUGUGGGUUCUUUGACGCCAUUGGCUCACGGUUCAGUUUGUGGUAGCACUAUCGGUUUGUAUUGAUGUUUGUGAUGCUGAUGUCCGAGCCAGUGCUGCUUUUGUCCCUCCCAAGUAUUUUUAUUGUAUUUUACCGGUGAUUGCGGACAAUAAUGUCAUUGAGUCGGUUUCUAAUUUAGCCCCAGUGCAAAAGAACAGAGGCCAUUAUUGCAGAGUGACUGUCCAUGUUUCAAAAACACAAGCAAACGCAUUUGAUCCGUGACAUGCAGUCACUCAGAACAAAGGCCAAGGAAGCUUUAAUCUCCCUUUGCUUUGCAGUUGCAUUUUUAUGUUUUGUACCAUCUUUGCUUUUAUAUAUGCGCACUUCGACACAUGGCUUGCCUUAUUUUAUGACACAAUUAUGAUUUUUGUAUUUUAAAUCAACAAUAUAAGGAAGUUCGCAUUGCUGGUUGCCUUUCUUAAAAAGAAGUGUAACAAACCAGAAUUUUCUUUGAAUGUGAUAAUGAAAUGCAAAUGAACUUUUUCAGCGUUUGCCUUAUCAGCAAUAGUUUGGAAUGAGUGACUCAUAUGCCAAUUAAAUCAUGAUAUCAUAAAAUGAAUUUAAUUUAGUUUAUUGGUACUGUUUUAUUUUGGAAAAAAAAAAAGUAUAUUUUUUAUUUAGAGCUUACCAAAGUUUAAAUAAAUUUUUUCGCAGCUGUCCGCAACCAUCUAAAGCUUCUGUUGUUUUAUAUGUAUCAAAUGAUCUAGUUUAAAGUGUGAUUUAAUUGAUAAAAAUAUAUAUAAUGGUAAGGCAGCUGAUGGUAAGUCUAUCUUAAGAUUUUGUUUUGGUCAUUUGUAAAUGGUACGGUUUUCCUACCUGUUUGUUCUGACUCAAAAGUGCCAAACACUGCACACUCUAAUGACAAAAGAAUAAUGUUUAUUCAUGAACUGUACUAGUGCGAGUGACUCAUGUUGCCUUUGGUAGGCGGUGACAAAGUCACUCUGCAGCCAAUCAGAGGCUGGCACCGCCCAUUCUGAGCAUGAUGGACACAGAAGGAAAUGCCUUCGAACUGUAAAUAUAGCCAGACUGCCAAGAUUUCAUAUUCUUUUUCUUCUUUUUCUCACUCCUCCUGCCAGUUCUCCUGUGUUGUCUAGCUAUGACAGUGUCAAUGGCUUAUUGUAAAGCUUCUUGUUUGCCUUUCUUUACCAGGUAGUGCCUUACAAAUAUGAGUAAUAAUGAUCAGUUCUGUGGUGAUUGUGUCUGCAUUAAAAAUUGCAAUAGGGACCUUA